AUGCUUCUUCAACAUCAGAGUGACCGCCUUCUCUCAACUCCAACCGCCAUUAAACCCUCACAAAACCCUCACAAUCAAAACAGCUUUGAACAAAACUACAGGCAAAUUUGCAACCUUCUUCUUUCCUUUACCCAUUACCGUUCACUCGUUAAAGGCCUCCAGCUCCAUGCCCACAUCGUCAAAUUCGGAUUACAAACCAUUCCUCUCGUUUCCCAUCAUCUAAUUAACUUAUACUCCAAAACCCAAUUGCCACUUUUUUCUCUGCAGGUGUUUGAUGAAGCCCCGAGGAAAUCUUCCACCACUUGGAGCUCUGUUAUCUCUGCUUUUGCCCAAAUUGAGGCCCCAUUGCUUGCCCUUGAGUUCUUUCGACGAAUGUUGAAUGUUGGGAUUCACCCAGAUGAUCAUACUUAUCCUAGUGCCACUAAGGCUUGUGGGUUUUUGUGUAGGUGUGAUGUUGGGAAAUCUGUACAUUGUCUUGUUGUGAAAACUGGAUUUGAUUGUGAUCUGUUUGUUGGAAAUUCGUUGGUGGAUAUGUAUGCGAAAUGUGGAGAGAUUGAGGACGCUCGUCAUAUGUUCAACGAAAUGCUUGAGAGGAAUGUAGUGUCUUGGAGUGGGAUGAUUUGUGGGUAUGCUCAAUUGGAUGAGAGUGUUGAGGCAUACAUGUUCAAGCAAGCUUUGGUUGAGGAUGUUGAUGUUAAUGACUUCACAUUCUCGAGUGUGAUUCGUGUUUGUAGCAGCUCCACACUUCUUGAAUUGGGGAAGCAGAUUCAUGGAUUGUGCUUGAAGAUUAGCUUUAAUUCCUCGAGCUUUGUUGAGAGUGCUUUGAUUUCUUUGUAUUCCAAGUGUGGGGUUAUAGAAGGGGCUUAUCAAGUUUUUGAUGAGAUACCCACCAGAAAUCUUGGCCUGUGGAAUUCAAUGCUGAUAGGCUGCGGUCAACAUGGUCAUACAGAGAGAGUGUUUGGUUUAUUUGAAGAAAUGGGAAGUGUGGGGAUGAAACCAAACUUCAUUUUUUUAUCUAUCCUUUAUGCUUGUAGCCAUGCAGGAUUGGUCGAGAAGGGACGAGAAUACUUCAAUUUAAUGAAAGAUUAUGGGAUUGAACCAGAAGCUCAGCACUAUGCCUCUUUGGUGGACUUGCUUGGUCGAGCUAGAAAGUUACAGGAAGCUGUGUUUGUGAUCAAAGAAAUGGCAAUGCAACCUACUGAAUCUGUUUGGGGAGCUUUGUUAACAGGGUGUAGAAUCCAUAAAGAUACAGAAAUGGCAGCUUUUGUGGCUGAUAGAGUAUUAGAACUAAAUAGUACUAGCUCAGGUUUACACGUUUUGUUAUCUAAUGCAUAUGCUGUUGCUGGAAGAUAUGAAGAAGCGGCCCGGAUGAGGAAAAUGUUGCGUGACCGAGGAGUGCAGAAGGAGACUGGUUUGAGUUGGGUUGAGGAGGGAAACAAAGUUCACACGUUCACUGCAGGUGAUAGAUCUCAUGCUAAAUGGGAAGAUAUUUAUAAGAAACUGGAAGAGUUGGAGGAGGAAAUGGAGAAAGUUGGCUAUGUUGCAGAUAAGAGUUUUGUGCUGCGAGUAGUCGAUGGUGAGGAGAAAAGCGAGACGAUUCGGUAUCACAGUGAAAGGCUAGCCAUUGCAUUCGGACUCAGUAUGUUCCCACCUGGAAGACCUAUAAGAGUUAUGAAGAAUUUGCGUGUUUGUGGUGAUUCUCACGCUGCAAUAAAGUUCAUGUCCAAGUGCUGGGGGAGGAUUCUCAUUGUUAGAGAUAACAACAGAUUUCAUCGGUUUGAGGAUGGAAAAUGCUCAUGUGGUGACUAUUGGUGAUUGAUAUGUCAUUUAAGGAGCAGCUCUCAAUUUACAACAUGAGCAAGUUACUCCCUCAUGCUUACAAUUGGAGAAGCAAAAAUAC